UCAACUGCAGCACCAGCAGCAUCAGCAGCAUCAACAUCAACUACAGCCUCAUCCGCAACAGCAGCCACCACAGCAGAUCAGCUGCAUCACAACGCUGCAACAGACAAGAACCACACAGCAGAUGCAGCCGUUGCCUUGCCUGGAAGCAGCUGCUACGCCUGCGCAGCGGCAGGCAACCACAUCAACGACAUAUAUAAACAAUCCGCCGCCAGCAGCAGGCCCACAUUGUCAGAACAGCUGUAGCAGGCACAACAGCAACAACUAUGCUUUAAGCCUACCCAAUCGUUGCCACGACAAGAACAUGGACAUUAAUUCGACCGCGCCUGCCUUCACCAACAACAGCUACAAUAAUGCAGCACCUAUGAUUUUUGUGCCGUUCAGUGUGCCCGUGCCACAUCAACAGCAGCAACAACAACAGUCGCUGCAAUAUACACCACAGCAGACACCUUCCUUGCCAGCUGUUAAAAACUCGAUGCCGCCAUUGGGCCAGACCCCAGCACCACCACCACCGCAGCCGCCGCCACUGGUGCUGCCGCUUGCAUUUCAUUGCCACUAUCCGCCUCCAGUUCCGGCAUUGCCUUCGUUGCCACAGCCGCCAAUAUCCGGACCGCUGCCCCCAAGAGCACCACCAACACCGCCGCCCCGCAUUGUGUUGCCGCUCAAAGCGGUCGCUGCAGCAGCUAUUAGAGCGCAUCAGCAGAACGGCAAAUUGCCCCGCAAUCUGCCCGCAUUGCGUGCCAUGGAAAUGGCCCUGCGCACCAACUCGUUUGCCGCAACUGGAGGCGGCAUACAGCCCAUGGAGGAGGCCGACAAUAGCGACUCGGAAAUGGAGUACAUGAUACCGUUACACAGUGAGUAG